AUGUGGGACAUCAUCGGACGACGUCUCCGAGAACGUCAACGCCAGCCAACCAACUUGCCUGAAAUAGGCGCCGCUCUCCUAAAGGAAUCGAACAUGAUCCCCCCCAAAUGUUAUUGGACGUUUAAUCAGGAGCAUGCCACAUCGGAUUCGUGCUUGAUUGCCAAACCGCGGGAAAUCACCAGUGGUGCUAAACGUAUACCUACCAAGGCCACCACUACCGUCUUCACUAAACCCACAAAGGUCACCACUACCAUCCCUACUAAACCAACAAAGGCCACCACUACCAUCCCUACUGAACCCAUAAAGACCACCACUACCAUCCCUACUAAACCAACCAAGGCCACCACUACCAUCCCUACUAAACCCACCCAGGCCACCACUACAAUCCGUAUUAAACCCACCACGACCACCACUACUAAACCCACCCAGGAGACAACUACCAUCGCUACUAAACCCACAACGGCCACCACUACCAUCCCUACUAAACCCAUCAAGACCACCACUACAAUCCGUAUUAAACCCACCACGACCACCACUACUAAACCCACCCAGGAGACAACUACCAUCGCUACUAAACCCACAACGGCCACCACUACCAUCCCUACUAAACCCAUCAAGACCACCACUACAAUCCGUAUUAAACCCACCACGACCACCACUACUAAACCCACCCAGGAGACAACUACCAUCGCUACUAAACCCACAACGGCCACCACUACCAUCCCUACAAAACCCACCCAGGCCACCACUGCCAUCCGUAUUAAACCCACCACGGCCGCCACUACCAUCCCUACUAAGCCCACCACUACCAUCCCUACUAAACCCACCAUGGCCACAACUACCAUCCCAACUAAACCCACUAAGGCCACCACUAUCAUCCCUACUAAACCCACCAUGGCCACAACUACCAUCCCUACUAAACCCACUAAGCCCACCACUACCAUCCCUACUAAACCCACCAUGGCCACAACUACCAUCCCUACUAAACCAACCCAGGCCACUACUACAAUCCGUAUUAAACCCACCACGACCACCACUACUAAACCCACCCAGGAGACAAUUACCAUCGCUACUAAACCCACAAUGGCCACCACAACAAUCCCUACAAAACCAAGCAACGCCACCACUACCAUCCCUACAAAACCCACCCAGGCCACCACUGCCAUCCGUAUUAAACCCACCACGGCCGCCACUACCAUCCCUACUAAGCCGACCACUGCCAUCCCUACUAAACCCACCAUGGCCACAACUACCAUCCCAACUAAACCCACCAAGGCCACCACUACCAUCCCUACUAAACACACCACGACCACAACUACCAUUCCUACUAAACCCACCAAGGCCACCACUACCAUCCCUACUAAACCCACCAAGGCCACCACUACCAUCCCUACUAAACCAACAAAGGCCACCACUACCAUCCCUACUGAACCCAUAAAGACCACCACUACCAUCCCUACUAAACCAACCAAGGCCACCACUACCGUCCCUACUAAACCAACAAAGGCCACCACUACCAUCCCUACUAAACCCAUAAAGACCACCACUACCAUCUCUACUAAACCCACCAAGGCCACCACUACCGUCCCUACUAAACCCACAACGGCCACCACUACCAUCCCUACUAAACCCACCACUACCAUCCCUACUAAACCCACCACUACCAUCCCUACUAAACCAACCAAGGCCACCACUACCAUCCCUACUGAACCCACCAAGGCCACCACUACCAUCCCUACUAAACCAACAAAGGCCACCACUACCGUCCCUACUAAACCAACAAAGGCCACCACUACCAUCCCUACUAAACCCAUAAAGACCACCACUACCAUCUCUACUAAACCCACCAAGGCCACCACUACCGUCCCUACUAAACCCACAACGGCCACCACUACCAUCCCUACUAAACCCACCACUACCAUCCCUACUAAACCCACCAAGGCCACCACUACCAUCCCUACUAAACCAACAAAGGCCACCACUACCAUCCCUACUAAACCCACCAAGGCCACCACUACCAUCCCUACUAAACCCACCACUACCAUCCCUACUAAACCAACAAAGGCCACCACUACCAUCCCUACUGAACCCACCAAGGCCACCACUACCAUCCCUACUAAACCCACCACUACCAUCCCUACUAAACCAACAAAGACCACCACUACCAUCCCUACUAAACCCACCAAGGCCACCACUACCAUCCCUACUAAACCCACCACUACCAUCCCUACUAAACCAACAAAGGCCACCACUACCAUCCCUACUGAACCCAUAAAGACCAUCACUACCAUCCCUACUAAACCAACCAAGGCCACCACUACCGUCCCUACUAAACCCAUCAAGACCACCACUACAAUCCCUACUAAACCCACAACUACCAUCCCAACUAAACCCACCAAGACCACCACUACCAUCCCUAUUAAACCAACCCAGGCCACCACUACAAUCCGUAUUAAACCCACCACGACCACCACUAAUAAACCCACCCAGGAGACAACUACCAUCGCUACUAAACCCACAACAGCCACCACAACCAUCCCUACAAAACCCACCCAGGCCACCACUGCCAUCCGUAUUAAACCCACCACGGCCGCCACUACCAUCCCUACUAAGCCCACCACUGCCAUCCCUACUAAACCCACCAUGGCCACAACUACCAUCCCAACUAAACCCACCAAGGCCACCACUACCAUCCCUACUAAACACACCACUACCAUCCCUACUAAACCCACCAAGGCCACCACUACCAUCCCUACUAAACCAACAAAGGCCACCACUACCAUCCCUACUGAACCCAUAAAGACCACCACUACCAUCCCUACUAAACCAACCAAGGCCACCACUACCGUCCCUACUAAACCAACAAAGGCCACCACUACCAUCCCUACUAAACCCAUAAAGACCACCACUACCAUCUCUACUAAACCCACCAAGGCCACCACUACCAUCCCUACUAAACCCACCACUACCAUCCCUACUAAACCCACCAAGGCCACCACUACCAUCUCUACUAAACCAACAAAGGCCACCACUACCAUCCCUACUAAACCAACAAAGGCCACCACUACCAUCCCUACUAAACCCACCACUACAAUCCCUACUAAACCCACCACAGCCACCAAUAACAUCUCUACUAAAUCCACCACGGUCACCACUACCAUCCCUACUAAACCCAACAAGGCCACCACUACUAUGCCUACUAAACCCACCACGGUAUCCACUACCAUCCCUACCAAACCCACCCAGGAGACAACUACCAUCGCUACUAAACCCACCAAGGCCACCACUACCAUCACUACUAAACCCAUCAAGGUCACAACUACCAUCCCUACUAAAUCUAUCAAGGCCACGGUAUCCACUACCAUCGCUACCAAACCCACCCAGGAGACAACUACCAUCGCUACUAAACCCACCAAGGCCACCACUACCAUCACUACUAAACCCAUCAAGGUCACAACUACCAUCCCUACUAAAUCUAUCAAGGCCACGGCUAUAUUUGUUCUUUCUUCCAACUUGAAGAGGGCUGUCAGGACAGCAACUCUAUGCUUGUUGAGAAUCACCUUGAUCUCAGAUGUGGCGUGUGAUGGAUUAACAUCGACUGCAAAGUAUCUGAUUGGUAUCAUAUUGCCCAUAGUGCUCGAAACAUGCGGAAGAGGAACCGCUGCAAUGCAGUCGAAUACUUCGGUUAUUGCUGUUUGCGUUCUCGUGCUGUUGCAGCUAGUUGGAAAUGCCAACCCAACAAUCUUGAGGGCCAGAGACAGCAUGCGUAAGGAUGAAGCUCAGUUUGAUGCUGCACGGCUUCAGGAUGAACUAGGUGAAACCCCUGUAAACGUAUAUGAUGCCACACCAAGAAGCUGCAGAUUAAGCUCAACAAGCUCCGACAGACGCGAUGAACUAGGUGAAACCCCUGUAAACGUAUAUGAUGCCACACCAAGAAGCUGCAGAUUAAGCUCAACAAGCUCCGACAGACGCGAUGAACUAGGUGAAACCCCUGUACACGUAUAUGAUGCCACACCAAGAAGCUGCAGAUUAAGCUCAACAAGCUCCGACAGACGCGAUGAACUAGGUGAAACCCCUGUAAACGUAUAUGAUGCCACACCAAGAAGCUGCAGAUUAAGCUCAACAAGCUCCGACAGACGCGAUGAACUAGGUGAAACCCCUGUAAACGUAUAUGAUGCCACACCAAGAAGCUGCAGAUUAAGCUCAACAAGCUCCGACAGACGCGAUGGCAUCAAGUUCAUUCCUGGGCGGCCGCCAGAUCACCGGUCGGUUUCCGGCAGGCCGCCGGGCGGGGCCCUAGCGACUUAUCUUCGGGAUUGCCACGACCUAAAAUCGCGCUUGGAAAAUCACAGAUUUGGGAGUCAGGUUUUCACGCCCGUGUGGUUCGGGCGACCCCUAAAAAUCGCAGCGGAGCCCGUAGAAAUCCGGCAGCGAAAAUGCCCUUUUUGGCCUGUUUUAGGAGUCGCGCGGACGCCGCGACCGAUAUGUGAGGGCCGCUUUAAACGGAUCAGCGACGGAUCUGAGACGUUUUUACAGAUUUUAUGA